UGUGCGGCAUGGAGCAUUGUCCUGCUGGAAAAUCCAAUCCUCAGAGUUGGCGAACAUUGUCAGAGCAGAAGGAAGCAAGUUUUCUUCCAGGAUAACCUUAGAAAUGAAUCACUGUGAGCUUGAGGAAGUAACACAACAUAUUAAUGACAAAAUUUCCAUGAUUAAAAGACUCCUGGAGCUUCGAGCUGUUGCAAAAGAUCCAGAAAAACGGGGGACUCUUCUCAAAAUCGAACAAGAAGUCAGUGCCAUCAAUGAGCUUCUUGAUCGUUUUGAGCGAUAUGUAGGCCAGCAGAGAGACCUACUAAAGCAUUUAAAGGAUCUGGAAGAGUUUUUCCAGCAGGAUGAACAGGAUGUCCAUCACCUAAAGAACAACACCCCUUUGCACAUGCCCAGAAAAGGCCAACAAACAGCUCAACAAGAAGGACAGGUGGCAGUUCAGAGCAGGCAGACAGAUGCGCCACCGGCUCCUCAGGAUCAGGCACCACCCAGGAAAUCUCAGCGCAACCAGAUCAAAGAGAUGGAGUUCAUUACUGUCCCAGAAUUUGACAGCAUUCCAACGUACAUGAAAGGUCGUAUAACGUAUGACCAGCUGAACGCAGCUGUGCAAAGCAUCAACACAGCUAUAACGGCAAAAUAUAAGAUCCUCCAUCAGCCAAUCAAGACCCUCAACAAUGCUUCCCGUAUGCUCCAACAGCGCUUUAAAGACCAAGAAACAAAGGACACCAAGGGUCAGUUUUUCAUCGUGGAGCAGGACAUUCGAGAGUUUACCCAGAUGAAGGUGGACAAGCGCUUUGGAAGCAUGUUGAAUAUGCUACGUCACUGCCAGCAUCUGAAGGAAGUCAGAGGAGGCGGUCUCGCACGCUUCAUCCUGCUUUAAGAGCUUGGGGGUGUGAAUCAACCUCUCCAUUUGUUCGAAUGGAGUUUUUAAAUGAACUAUGCUCAUAUUUUGUUGCAAGCAGUUUAGAGAUGUCAACCGCAAACAGAAGAUCCUUUGAGCUUGUUUUCAAUGGGGUAGAAGAGAAUCCAUGUCUGUUUUUGGAAAACUGUUUUGAAAUAUAGUUCACACCAAAUUGAAGUUCUGUUAUAAUUUAGUCACCCUUAAGAUGUUCCAAACCUGUAUGACUUUCAUUUUUCCAUGGAACACAUGAGUAAAUUAAUUAAAAUUUUUGGCUGAACUAACCCUUUAUGCAUAUAAUGGUCUGUUGUCAAUAUGUCGGUGUCCAUUUUUGGUUAAAUAAAUAUGUUAAAGUUAUCAUUUUGUUAUCAAUGAGUAAAAUCAUCAUUUUGUUUAUUAAUUUGUUAUUUUUUAUGUUGUAGAUCGUUGAUCGUUAUCUGUGAUGAAGAAAUAUAUAUAUUGUUUGCUGUAUUUAUAUUGCUUAGUGUGAAAUAUCUUUUCAUUUGCCAAUUAGAUCAUAUAAAAUGGCAGGUUUUGUAAUAUUAUCUCAAAACUUGGUAUAAUUUCAGAAGUG